CUCCCGCCCCCCAGAAAGAUCAUCAUGUAAAAGCGCCGUCAUCCGGUGUAAUCAUCAUAUCUUGCCACAGUGAUCCAAGACCUGCUUUCUUAUUUGUACAUUAUGCGGAGGGUUAUUAAGUAACAGAUCUUGACUAGUGAAAAGAGGUCUCUGCGUAAAUCACGUCACGUAAGCCUUCCUACUGAAUUUGAAAUGUGGGAAAGCCCCCCUCCCCCCGAAAAAUAUUUUACCUUUAUUUAACUAAGCAAGCCAGUUAACAAUUUCUUAUUUUCAAUGACGGUCUAGGAACAGUGGGUUAACUACCUGUCCAGGGGCAGAACGACAGAUUUGUACCUUGUCAGCUCGGGGAUUUGAACUUGCAACAUUUCGGUUAUUAAAAAUUUCGCCCCAAAGAAAAAGGGUACGGUGGGAUACCACUCCUCGCGCUCACAAUGUUUUCCGGGACCUCCGAUUCACAAAUGAAGUACUGUGUUUGCGCAUGUAGCUAUGCGAUGUCUGUGAAUCCGAAUUCAAAAGGAUUGGAGAACAGAAAUGUAGACUUUUAUUUUUCAUGCCUGUGAUUUUAUUUGUAUUUUUAAUCCAUAGUUCCAUUGGAAAUGCACUGGGGACAAGGCAACACUGUUCAGUAACGAUAUCAGCCAAACCAGGAAAUGUCCAAACACAGAGAAAGCAUCAUGUCACGAUCGAUUUCAUAAGCGAAAAUGUCAGUUGGAACCGGUACCAGAACCACAUAGGGGACCUUACAUUUAAGAGGUUUAAUAACUGGGGCAGUAAGGAGAGUGCUGUUGGGCUACAUUACAAAAACAACAAGGGCAGUGUUGACAAAGAAUCCAAUGUAUUCAUUCAAUAAAGGUUGUUCAAAAGAAGGAUCAGCGUUAACAAGGGAGCUCUUGGGCCAGUACAUCUCAGACACCCUCAGCCACAUUCACACAGUGAGGGAGUUCUGUGACAGGCAUUCCAAAUGGGCCCUUCAGAGGCAGACAGAACUGGAAAUGAUGAGGGACAUUAAGGAGAGGGCCGAGAGAAUUGACCUUAAGUUCGACCAUGUCCGUAACUCAGCAACCAAGGCCAAGGCGUUUGGGGAGUUCGUAUGGAGCGGUCUGACCCAGGUGACUGCAGACAGUAGGCGUGAGGAGCUGGAGAAGGAGCUGGGAGCUGUACUAAAGGACACUCUGGGAGGCCUGGAGAAGCUGGAUUACUUCCUGGAUGCUGUGGAGUGUCUGGCAGUCACCUGUCUGUUGGUGUUUGAGGAGAACAGGUUCCUCUGUCUGCCUCAGGGGACGAGCCCUGCCAGUGUUCAGGCUGUCAUCAUUGCUGCCAGAAUGGCCUGCCCUCUCCUCAUCUAUUUUAAGAGGGAUGCUAAGGCCUUCUUUAUGCCCAGCCUCCUCAAUGUAGAGGUGCUGGCCUGCCAACUGGAUAGAUACAUAGAAAUCAGCCAGCAGGUCUGUAAAAGGAUGGAGAAGGGAUUACAGAUCAGACAAGAGUCUGAGAAUAAACUUGGCUACAUCAGUCAAAUGCUGUUUUGGAAAAAGAAGGACAUCCCUGUGGUCAACCUUGGUGCUGAUGUGCGGGAAGAGUCCAUAGAAAAGAUGCUGGACCAUUUGAAUCAGCUGAGUGAUAUCAGGAUGGACCAGAACCUCAGACUGACAUUCCUGUUCCAAGGGGUUGCUCAGCGCUUCAUUGGUCAGUUCAGCCAGCGCCGACCCAGGAUGGAGCAGUUUCUGACCGAGUUGGAGGAGAAUGCUGUGCAGCUGGACAGGAUGAAGCUGGGGGCUAAGAUCUCCAGUGUGGCAGGCAGCUCAGUGGGGGUGGCUGGAGGGAUCCUAACCAUCGUGGGCUUAGCCCUGACCCCUGUCACUGGUGGAGUGUCACUGGCCCUCACAAUUGCAGGGGCCAGCCUGGGGGUCACCAGUGGGGUCAACAGUUUAACUACUGGUAUCACAGAGAUGAAGGUCAAUAGCAUUCAUGAGAAGAAAGCCAGUGACAUAUUCCAGAAUUUCAUGGAGGAUGUAGAGAGUCUUCAGGAGUGUCUGGAGGAUGUGGCCAGGAAUAUGGAGCCCAUCCUGGGGCAAAGCAGGGUGGAUGUCGUGCUGGGAGCAGGGAACGUGAUUUUCACAGCCGGGGCCAUCAGAAAAGGCAUCGACACCAUAAUAGACUGUGCCUCAGCUCUGAGUGUGAAGACCUUUGCAAAUGAAGAUCUGAUUGCAAGCGCUGGUAAGCUGGUGCUCCAGGAAGGCAAAGCAGCACGAAACCUACCCAAGCUAGCAGGGGACAUCCCGGACAUUGGACAGGUGGCCAAAGGCACACCACUAGCCCUCUCCAGCUCGGCGCGGGCUGGUUUUAUCACUCUCAACGCCCUCUUCAUUGGCCUGGAUGUCUUCUUCAUCUGUAAAGACAGCAUCAGCCUGGCCAAAGGCAGCAAGAGUGAGAGAUCCCAGCUCAUCCGUGCCAGAUCAGCAUUGUGGCGCACAGAGAUGGAGUCCUGGCAGAGGAUCCAUGACUCGCUGUGUAGAGGAAUUUGUAAGUCCAGGAAGUGCCAGAGAAUCCUGGAGCAGCCAUUUUAUCCUCUGGAGCAUAAUCUGAAAGAGAAAAAAUCUAUGUGUAUCACGCAGUAGGACAACAUCAAAUACUUACCAGUUUUAAGUUCAGGCCUCUCAAACAUACUGUACAGUGGCACUUGUAAUGUUCAACAGUCAAAAAUAGAUGACACAAAGCACUUUUUUCAUUUUUAUGAAUCAUUCUAUACACGAGUCUAUAAAACAAAGAUUAAGGUAAUUUGAUGAAAUGUAUUCAGUUUACUUGUUGAGAGUAGUCUGUUUAAUGUCAUGCCCUGUUUACAAUGAUGUGUUCAGUCAAAAUACUGAAAGUGAAAUAUAAUGUUUCUAUGAUUGUGAUGCUGACUUGUACCUUCAUACACAGAAGACUCACAUUCUUCACUUCAGCAGUAAUUGAAGAUGCCUUGCUAACAGGCAAUGAAACAUGUUCGUACAAUUUAUUCUGAUGUUGACUUGUGUGGAAAUGUUAUGAAAUGGAAAGGGACUGCUCAUGUCUGGCCUUUUUUGUGUUAAUAAUAAUAAUAGGCCUACUUGCUGGUAUUCUGAAGGGGAAAUAUAUAUAUAUAUAUAAAGUGGUCUUUGGUACUGCAUUAUCCUCAUGACAAUUUAAUACCAGACAUCAAUGAUCCUGGCCUCCCCCAGGAUCGCUGUGGACAAUGUCCCUCCGGACCCCCAGAGAGAAGCCCCUGGAGGGGAACCCCUCCCAACUAGGCAUCUGCCACUGUCAUCUGCCUCUCGGCAUCCUUGCCGUGCCUCCUCACCGCCUCCUUGGUUCUCACCCACCACGUCAAACACCCCUUCUGCCUAGGAUGCCAUGUCCCACAGCACUCUUCCCCCGCCUCUCUCCGAUAGAGUAUUCGCAACCCUGAGACCUCAAAGAGAGGAACUGCUUGGCCUAAAUGAACAAACAGAAUAGCAUAGUUCUAUUUCAUUGCAUAUAUCUUUAAACAACCUUUUCUCACAGUAUAUAUUAUAGCUGUCAAUGAAAAUCACUCAUGAGAUCACUACAAUCAUUGUAUUGAAAGACUGUCAGGACAGUUUCUGACUGCAGUGUUUUCACUUCCUGUUUCUAGUUUUGCCAGGAUAGAUAAAAAAACUGACCUGGCUGAAAAUCUGAGCUUCCAUUUCCACCAUGGCCUCAUCUGAAUCUACCGUUUAUCACACUUGUAUGAUAUGGCAACACACAACCAGUGCUGCCAAAUAUAAUUCACUUUCAUCAGAACAAUGUAUACAACAGCUGUUUUCCCCGGUCCUCUCUCCCAUCUUGGGACAUCUUGUCUGAAUGGCUUACGGUCUAUAGCCAUAAGUCUGGCUGUGACACAGCCCCAAACGAUACUGUAUGGGAACAGCUUCUUUGUGCUUGAGGGAGACAGCAUACAGAUUGAUGUAGCUCUGCCCUCACCAACUACCCAGUAACCAUUCACUCAACCAGUAUACAGAAACAUCAAGUAUCUAAAUAUACCAGAAACCUCAAUUGCUAUUAACAAUAUAUACACUUCACAGAAGAGCAGAAUAGGAAUCGUUGACUCAUUUUGAUGACUCAUGCCUGCUUAGUGAUUCUUUUUCAGUAGGAGAAAGUACAAAAUAAAUGGAAACAAGAGCCA